AUGUUGCCUUCGCUCGCCACUGUAACAUCAUCAACACACAAUAUUACCUCACAACAAUUACCGUCAACUUCAACAGCACCCAUGAGCUCUCGUCCGCCCUCUAACAGUAAUCGCAAAAAGGACCUUGUCAAAAAGGAACUCGACGUCGAUCAAUUACUUCAGCCCUCACAAUCAUCGUCCAAAUUUGCAACUAUUUUCGAUUUGAACUCUCCUCUCACCAAUUCAUUGUCGAGAGGAAUUAUUGAGACUUCGCCAAGUGCUGCAGGAACACCCUUGAGCAUGGAUCCACACCGUUUCCAUGAAGCCUCUCCACUGCAACAUUCACCAUCCACUACUUUGGCACCCUAUAUUUCUGAUUUUUCUCAUACUCAACAGGCUCACAAUUCAAGCAGUCACCUUAAUACCAACAAUAGCAGCAUUACCAGCAUUUUAGGUCAUUCUCCUUCAGGCGUUCCUCCUUCUUCAAUACGAUACAUCUCAGCAACAACAGGUGGAACAUUAUCAGGAACAAAUACCAACACCAACAGCGCAAAUGGAGCUUGCUCCCUUCUGUUACAAGGAAGCAAUAGUGGAAACAUUUCAAAAGCAUCGUCAAUGCAAUUUCCUCCGUUAACAUCAGCCAGUGACAUUCACAUGCCAUUUAAUCUUCCAACUCCUACAUUCUUGAAUUCUGUUCCAUAUCACAAUCAUCAACAACCUCCUCCAGUGCAACCACCAUCCAAUUCUACAUUUACUACUGAUCAUCAUCACUCCUCUUUUGACCAUCAAGCGUCACAUCCUCAACCUCAACAACCUCUACCAUCUCUUCAACAACAAGGAUCUGCAUAUACCAAGUCACCAAAUCCUUCUUCAUCACUGCAUGUCAUUAAACCAUUGAACUCACCUGCGUCCUCAUAUCACAGUCAAAGCAAUGAUUCUGGAAACAAUGGCACUGAAGCAAAAGAAAAGUCUCGUAUAGUUACUAUACCUGACAGCUCUUCAGCAACAGGAUCCUUAACAAUAGACACUGAUGGAUUGUUAAUGAUAGAAGAAGGUUUCGAUUUACCUCCACCCAAUCCUCAACCAGGAGGAAAACAAAAUAAGAAACCACUUCCAAGACAUAUUAUCAGCAUUAGAAUUUCUGGCAUUCCUAGAUACCAAUUUUACUCUAUGAAAGUUUCUCUGUUAGGUUAUAAAACUAAGCAAAAGGAAGUACUCAAGGAUAUUGUGGAACCUGUUCUGUUAUCAAAGAGUAAGGUAAAUUUGCGAGGAGAUUCAAAACGUGUGGACAUGCAUUUUGAUAACAUAAUUAUUGACGAAGCUUCACAUAUGAACGGUAGAAAAUUCUUCGUUAGAUUUACAUUGCUUUCUCCUGACAAAUUACCUGUAGCUCAUGUUGAUUCUUCAUAUUUUGAAACAAUUACUGACCGAGGAAAUCAAAAGCGUCAACAAAAGAUUGAUCAUAGUCGUAGUAAGAUUUCAAAAGUGCUGAAAGUCAGCCCUAGGUAUAGCAUUGUUCAAGGUGGACAAUUGGUAAAAGUGUUAAUCAAUCAGCAAAUUGUCGCUCCAAACAACGUUUACGUGUACUUUGGGGAUAAACGAGCUCGAUGCGUUUACGUUUCCCCAAGCAAGGACAACACAAUAGUUUGUGAAACACCUGACGGAAAUGCAGAUGAAGAAGUUGAGGUAAAGGUUUCUUUAGACAAGGGAAAAACUUUUAUGGCUACGGACGCUUCGCUGAGAUAUGUUCCAUUUAAUUCCUUAAACGUUAAUGGGGAAGCCAAUGGUAGAGUAUCUCCUUCAUCAAUGCCCUUUCUAGUGAACAGAGAGGAAAUACGGCUGAAAAAUACCUAUCCUGCCCCAAGUACUCACAAUGAUGAAGAGUAUGAGGACCAUGAAAAUAGUCAAGAAUACGAGGAAAAUUAUGAAGAUGGUAAUAGCCAAUCACAACAUCAAAUUCCAGCCCAAACCAUUGCUUAUAAUCAACAAACACAGCCUUCACAUAGCACUAUUAUCUCUGCUUUGAACCAGUCUUCACAACAUCAUCAUGGAUUUUCCAACUUCGUCAACGUGCAACACAACAGUCCUCAAAUGAAUGCCACAAACCCUUCAGUUCAACAUCAAUCUCUCAAUCACCCAAGGCAAUACAUGAUGCAACCCAGCAACAACAGCGCAAGCCAUCAACAAAAUCACCAACAACCCUACGUUCUCCCCACUUCAGCUGGUACAAUGCAACAAAAUCAAAUGAGAAUCUUUCAGAACUUCAAUAAUUAG